UCCCUCAGUGGGCAAGGGAAGGGUUAUGGAUGACAUUUAUCUGCGUUUCUAUAAAGCCUGGACACAAUCCCACCCAACAUCCUCCUCUCUGCAUUGGAGAGAGCUGGAUUCCAUGGAGAGACUGUGGGAUGGCCCCGCUCGCCUUCACCAUGCUCCAGCUGACCCGCGUCUACAUGGGCAAUUCCAUGUUCCGGGGGAACGCCAGCCUGAAUGGGCAGCUCAGCCAUCUCCUGGAAGAGGAUAAUGUCACCCAGGUGCUCCCGCUGGAGCCUCCGGACGCCUGGGCCCGGCGGCAGAAGCUGGUGAUCACCUACCUGAAGAACUUCAGGCAGCUGGUGCAGCUCUUCAACAAGGAGAGACCCACCAAGUUCACCCAGCACCUGUGCUGCCACCUCGGCUGCCGCCUCUACCCCAACGGCACAGCCCAGAGCUUCUACGAGGUGACCCUCAACAGGACGGCGUUCCUCAGCUUCCACGUCCCCAACGCCACCUGGGAGCGGCGCUGGCCCGGAGAGCUGCCGGUGGCCGCCUUCGCCCAGGAGCAGCUGAUGAAAUACCCCGUAACCACCCAGGACCUGCAGUAUUUCCUCAACACCACCUGUGUCAGCAUCCUGCAGGCUCAGAGCGCCAGGACAGGAAAAGUCAGCGGCCGAUCGCGCGCUCCGCUGGUACUGGGGCUGAUCCUGGGAAGCCUCGUCCUGCUGGGCUUGGCCCUGGGCAUCUUCCUGUGCACGGGAGGGAGCUGCUAGCCUGGGCAGCUGUCCCACGUCACCCCAUGGACACAGGGGACGGACCUGUCAUCUUCCCGUGCAUCCGUCACCACCCUGUGGAGGCAGGGGGUGGAUCCAUCAUCUUCCCAAGGAUCCAGCAACUCUCCAUGGAUCGGUCACCACCCUGUGGAGGCAGGGGAUGGAUCCAUCAUCUUCCCAAGGAUCCAGCAACUCUCCAUGGAUCCAUCAUCACCCUGUGGAGGCAGGGGAUGGAUCCAUCGUCUUCCCAAGGAUCCAGCAACUCUCCAUGGAUCCGUCAUCACCCUGUGGAGGCAGGGGAUGGAUCCAUCGUCUUCCCAAGGAUCCAGCAACUCUCCAUGGAUCCAUCACCACCCUGUGGAGGCAGGGGAUGGAUCCAUCAUCUUCCCAAGGAUCCAGCAACUCUCCAUGGAUCCAUCACCACCCUGUGGAGGCAGGGGAUGGAUCCAUCAUCUUCCCAAGGAUCCAGCAACUCUCCAUGGAUCCGUGGUCACACUGGGGAGGCAGGGGCUGGAUUCAUCGUCCCUGCACAGAGACAGAGGUCGGAUCCAUCAUCCCGCCACAGAGGCAGGGACCAAGCCCAUCCCUUGGGAGGGAUGCAUGUCCCCUUGCUCCCCAAGGACACCGGUGGCUUCCCGGUCCUGUCCCAUCUGGACUGACCCCUCCAGCAGCCCCCAGCCCUGUGGAUGGUCCUCACACCAGCAAUGCACUGAGACUUCACACAGAAACACCGAGCAUGGAUGGAAAAAUGGGGGGAGAGGGGGGUGGGGGGAAAGCAGCAGGAGAAACAGCCGUGAAAUG